AUGCUUUGGAUGAGGAAUGGCUGUCAAAAGUGCUUUUCCGUUCUCAGCAUCAAGGGCUGGUUAAGAGCAGCGGUCUUGGGUGCAAAUGAUGGCAUCAUUUCUGUGACCAGUUUAGUGAUGGGAAUGGCAGCAAGUGGUGCGUCUAGUCACACGCUAUUGAUUACCUGUAUUGCGGGAUUGAUUUCAGGUGCAACCUCAAUGGCCGCUGGUGAAUAUAUCUCCGUUAAAUCCCAAUCAGAUAUCGAAGCAGCGGAUUUAAAAGUCGAAGCUCGUGAAUUAGAAAAAAACCCACACUUAGAGCUUAAAGAACUGACUCACAUUUAUAUUCAACGCGGUUUAGAUCCCGAAUUGGCGCAUCAAGUAGCUGUUCAACUCACAGAAAAAGAUGCCUUAGAAGCGCAUGCACGUGAUGAAAUUGGGAUCAAUGAAGCAACUGCAGCAAGACCAUUACAGGCUGCUGUCGUUGGUAUCUUAUCGCUGGUCAUACUCGGUGCUUUAUCCAGCUAUUUUGCGGGUACAUCAAUACUCAAGGGUAGUUUCCGUGUGGCGGUAUGGGGAAUUAUCGCAAUGGCGUUCUCAAGCUGGAUUGGUUCUCUGUUUCAAGUCACUCCGAUGUGA